UAUCUAUCUUUCUCCCCACACCAACAUAGACUUAUUAUAUAGAAGAAGCAGAUCCAACUGAAAUUAAUUAAAUCAAAAUAGUUAUCAUCACAAAAGAAAAAGAUGUCUCUGGUAACUGAAGAAAUCAAAGCUAGGUCAGAGGUGUAUCAUGGAGACGAAAUGUGUCAGGUGAAGUCGAAGGAGCUUCUAAAGGAGAUAGAACUUCCCAACGGUCUGCUGCCAUUGAAGGACAUGGAGGAGUGCGGCUACGACAGAGGAACGGGGUUCGUGUGGCUGAAGCAGAAGAAACCCUACACGCACAAGUUCGAGAAGAUUGGGAAGCUUGUGUCGUACGCGGCGGAGGUGACGGCGCAGGUGGAGAAAGGGAAGAUCAAGAAGCUGACCGGAGUGAAGACGAAGGAGAUUUUGCUGUGGGUUUCGCUCAGUGACAUCUACGUCGAUGACCCUCCCACCGGCAAGAUCACUUUCAAGACGCCCGCAGGGCUCUUCAGGUCUUUUCCUGUCUCUGCCUUCGAGAUUGAGGAAGAGAAAGACAAGUCCGACGAUGUCAAGGCUUCCGCCGCCGCCGCCACCACCACGCAGGUCGAUGAAGCCGUUCAGGUCAAGGAGGUCUGAAUCAAUCAAUCAAUCAACCAAUCAACCAAUCGUGUUGAUUUGUUCCUGUUUACUUUUCUUUACUAUCAUCUCAGAUUCCGUUCUGUGCUGUUUAGCUGUUCUACGCAUACCAUCCUUUAUGUUCUACUAUUAUUAUUAUAUUAUUAAUUAUAAAAUGUGAUUAAUUUCAA